ACAUACAUUACUAAUACUUACUUUUUUUGAGAACUCUGACAAUAAAGAAAGCAACGGGAGAAAAACAAAGAUUUGAUAAAAGCGUCUGAGCAGUUUUUGGAUGUUGUUAUUUCUUACCCAGUUGUGCAUUACAUGAUAAGAGAAGAAGAUAAUGUGAGAUAAAAAUUGAAUUGAAUUGAGACAUGAUCAUAUAAGCUAUAUAUCGAAAAUGUACCUUAAAAGUAAGUUUGAUCAAAAAUCUGUCCUUUUUGUUUAAUUCAAAUUUUUUCUGUUUGCAUUAAAAACUUCAAUUAGCUCUGACCGCUGUUACUUCAAAAACAUACUUGUGACAAAUUUUCAUUUUAGAAGUUAUCUGAAGUUCUUUUUCAUAUUAAAUAGUUUCUAUUUUUGUUCUUACUUUUAGCUCCGAUCAUUUGUCAAAUGACACAAAUUUUUAUUCAACUUUAUCAACGAUUACACCUAAUUCCACUACCAAUAUUAAUUUGAAUACUAUGACUGAUUCAUCUUCAAAUCCAACAAUUCAAAAUCGUUUUGCAUUAGCCUAUUAUAUUUUAAUUGCCAUUACUGGUCUACUUGGUAAUGCUACCACCAUCAUUGUAUUUAGUCAACGACGUUUACGUUCAUUACGUAGUAGUUUUUUUCUUACAUGUUUAGCGAUAACUGAUUUAGUAUUCAUAUUAAUUCUUGUUAUUGCUCUAUUAGAUGAGUUAAAUGUACCUGUUCUUAACGCUAUGACAUGUCUAUUAACAAUCUAUUUUAGUCAUAUUGCGUCCUUUCUAUCAUCAAAUUUUACUCUAGCCUAUACAUCUCAUCGUCUCAUUGCCGUAUUUUUCCCAAUAAAAGCCACCACUUUUCUAAAACAACGUACAAAUCGCAUACUCGCCUUUACACUUAUCGUAUUUGCUUGCUCAUUCUAUUCAAUCAGUUUUCCUGUGACAACGACAAGACCGAGAAAUAAUCAAACGUAUCUGGUACAUUGUGAAGAAGAUAAAGAAAAACCAUUAUUGUUUCCAUUCCUCAUAAUUGAUACAUUUUUUACAUUUUUAUUCCCAUUUUCUGCCAUAACAAUAAUGAAUUUAGCUAUUGUUUAUAAACUACACACAAAACUAACGUUUAAAAAAUUGGUACCCGCACAUCCAUUUCUACCAGCUAAAAGCUCAAAUUCCUCAAAUAUGUCUUCAACAAAUGAAAAAUCAGAUGUUGCCACAUCUCAAUUCAAAUUAACAUCGGUUCAUCGUCCUACUUAUCAAUCAUUAAAUGAAAAUGGUCAUUUACCGAUUUUGUCAAAUGGUAAUAAUGAAUAUCAACAUUUAAUUCAACAUCGUUCAUUUUUAACUGUGAAUCAUCGUUAUUUUAAAUCACGUAUUCUUUUAAAUGAAGAUGGUACUAAGAAGUCACGUCAUCAACAACAACAUCAACAACAACAACAACGAAGUAAUUCUUUACAAAAUAGCUCAAUUCGCAUACGUUCAACACAUGCACGAGCAAAUGCAUCGGCUAAAACAACAAAAAUGUUAUUAGCUGCAUCGACCGUAUUUCUCGUAUUCAAUUUACCCUAUCAUUUAUUACUAUUCUGUUUUCUUUUUUUGAAAAAAUAUCCAUCAUGGUUACUGACAGCGGUCAACAUUGCUCGACACUGGUUUUUUGCGUCGUUUUGUGUUAACUUUUUUGUUUAUGCUAUAUGUGGUCAACGAUUUAGAAAUGAAGUAUUACGUUUAUUUUGUUGUCACGGUAAGAGAUUAUUUCAAUAUAGCGGUAGUAUUAAAUCGGCAGGAGAGAGAAAUAAUAGUAUUUAUACAAGCAAACGUCUGUUACCAAUUUCAUCCACUUACAUAUCAGGAACGAAUUAA